AUGAUAAUUGGAAGUAGUCGCAAGAUGAUGAUCGCUCGGCUGUUUCCACAGGAUUUUGAUACUGAACACGCGACUGGGGGUUUGUCCGAUGUUCUCGGGGACCUGAACGUUAGGGUGUUCUCGCAAGAUAAUGUCCCUCUUUUGGGCGAAGGUCCUCUCUCUUUUGCAUCAUUUGGGAGCUCGGUUGUCGGAGGAGGAUAUGGCCUCAGUCAAGUAGGAAGCCAAGGAGCUGUACCGUCAGUUAUCUGA